GUGUUCCAGAGCUGCUGAGGGCAGGAAAGUUCCAGAGCAGGUGUCACAGAGGCCAGGCUGUCCCAGGACAGGAGGGUCGCUCCCAGCACAUCCCUGGCUGGGCUGGAUGAGUUCUGCUGGGGCAGAGCUGGCCCGGAGCGAUGUGGCCGAGCCUGCUGGGAGCCACCAUCCUCCUCUGCCUGGUCGGUGUCCUCCAGGCCUUUGCCAUCGAGAAGAAAGGGGAUGUGUUCAAGAAGAUGGUGUGUCCCGCCUUCCUGAUGUUCGAGAACGUCGCCUACUUGGCGGACAUGACCUUCGAGCUGCCCUGCAAGUGCAAGCCCGAGGAGGUCUCUUCCGUCGUCUGGUACUUCCGGAAGAACCUGCGCGGCCGCGAGACCACGGUGCUGACGGACUUCAACGGCACCGUGGUGCUGGACUCGAGCCACGUCCGCGCGGGCAGCGACCUGCUGAAGCGCUUCAGCAUCCGCAUGUUCAGCCUCAUCGUGUUCCGGGCCCAGGUGAGGGAUUCCGGGCACUACCUGUGCGGCUCCAAGGAAGGGCACUUCUUCUACGGCUACGACGUGGACGUUCAGCCCAUGGGGCGCAUCACGGUGGCCUUCCUGGACAGCGGCCAGCACGUGCAGGACGACUACGUGGCGGAGCGGUUCAGCCUCUUCACCACCUUCUGGGACUGGAGCAGCUGCGACCGCUGCGGGGUGCGGGGGGAGCAGCAGCGCAUCGGGCUGUGCUAUGUGCAGAGCGCCCAGCUCAGCCCCCGCUACCGCACCUCGCUGCCCAACGUCACCUCCUGCGGCUCCCGAGCCGUGCCCGUGAGCUUCCCGCCCCUCCUGCACCUCCGCAGCCCCGAGGUGGCCGUCCGGAGCUGCCUGGCACCGUGCCGGCCCAAGGAGGAGCCCGAGGAGGGCGUCCAGUCCAUCUCCAACAUCGUCUACAAGUUUGGGGAGAAGCCCGAUGCGCCCCGUGUCCCCAUCCAGUACCACAGCCAGCCCUCCCGCACCGACCUGGUGAUCGCGUGCCCGGGGGCCCGCCCGGAGCACACCGUGGGCUGGGACAAGGACUCGAUCCGGCUCUACCGCUCCCAGUACCUCGUGGGCGUUGAGAAGGGCAUGAGGGUCUUCAUCGACCACGGGAACCACCUGCACAUCCUGCGGGUGCGCAGGAGAGACAGGGGCACCUACUUCUGCUGGAGGGACGGUGAGAUGGUGGCGGGAUUCCGGCUCAGCGUCACCUUCCCGGCCCAGCGCCGGCGCAGCCCCGGCGACCCCGAGUCCAUCUUCGUCAUGAGGGCCGUGGGCAUCGGCUUCGCCGUCAUCACCGGCAUCUUCUUCCUCGCCCACCUGGGCCGCUGCUGCUGGUGGGCGCUCAGGAAACCGGCCGGGUUGUAGCGUCUCCCCUGCAGGGCACUUGGAUGCCUCGGAUCAUCCUCCUGUUGGAAAUCUCCAGUGUUCUGACCGUUUUUUCUUUGCUUUUGACUUUUCAAAGGAAAAAUAUUUUUCAAAUUCACCUGGUGAUUAAA